AUGGAGGUCGUGGGUCGAGCACGAAUGUCGGUGGCUUUGGGUGAUUCGUUUGGUGGUUAUGGCGUUGUUCUUUCCGUGGCUCCUGGGACAUGGGGAGAGAAGGAAAGACGAACAAGUAAGAAGAAAUUAAGAAAAUGGUGGCUAGAAGAGGAUUAA